ACUGUGAAUCCCUUUAAAGUUAGUUAAUUGGAGUAUGAACUACCACAAUUGGUUAAUCUGGUUGCUGCCAGUCUUUUUAAUGCAAUUCUGGGAGACAGACUGCAAAAGUAUUAGAAAUGGUUGUGAUAGGGACAAACAUAGUCAUAGUCCGCAACGAGAAAUGAACUUCUCAAUGCAAGACGAUAACAAUAGGGACAGGCAUUAUCGAAAACCACCUGGUAUUACUCCAAGGUUUUGGGGUUGGUUCUCCAAGACCAAAUCCAAGAUUGUAAGGAAAGUCAAAAAAACAUUCAGAAGAGUUAUCAAAGCUGCACCUAAAAUUGUUCAAAGGGCUAAAAAUGUAGUCAAAAAAGCAGUUAAAGCCGCCGGUAGCACAAUCAAAAAAAUUGUUGAGGCUGCACCGAAAAUUGUUAAGGAUGCCGGAAAUGUGGUCACCAACAUAGUUAAGGACGCCAAAAAUGCAGUCAAAGAAGUGAUUAAUAUGGCACCGAAGCUUGUCAACGAUGCUGGAAAUGUAGUCAAAAAUAUAGUUAACGGCGCCAAAGAUGCAGUCGAUAAAGUUAUCCAAGAAGCACCAAAGUUUGCCAAAGAUGUGGUCACAAGCAUAGUGGAAAACACCAAAAACGCAGCCAAUAGUGUUGUCAAUGUAGUAUCUAAUAUUGCUGAAAAAGCCGGAAAAGUUGUCUCAAAUAUAGUUGGAGACGUUAAGGACGCAUUCACUAAAGUCGGUCAGGGAAUCACAAGUUUGAUCAAUAAUCCAAGUGUCCAACACGUAAUCCAAAAUUUAAUUGAAAAUCUUAGAGAUUUACCAAUAAUUGGAGGUGCUUUUGGAGAGCCUGAGCAUAUGAAGGAACUUAGGCAACUCGCUAAGGAUCAUCCUGUUGAAUUUAAGGAAGUUAUUACUGAGGAUUUUCAAGAAUAUUUACAUCUUUUUCGUGAAUAGUGGUUCAUUGUACCCACUCAUAUCAUAAAAAGGUUUCAGUUGAAUGUUACUUGCACAUAAAUAUAUUAUUCUUAAUGGCCAGAACAUAAAUAAAUAUAAAAACGAUUCUAUAAACUUUA